AUGGCGAAGGUGAAGAUGGGAGGUAAUAUGAAAACAAUAUUCAUCUUCAAAUACUAGAAGGAAAAAGGAAAUGGUUUGCCUACUGCUAAACACAAUACACAAUAGAUUACAGUUUUCUUCAAACAUUGGAGCCCAGAAAACGAGACUAAAUAAAUAUUACCCAUCUGAUAAUCAUUCAGCUAUUCAGCAUUAUGGAUAGGAAACAUUAGAACAAGUACAAUAAUGGGUAUAACUGAGAUAUUCUUAAAGAGGCAGUCUACACAACAUAAAUAUAGCUCACUCUGACGCCCCUCUCGGUUCCAUAUCAAACUUGCAACAGAGGGGCCGCCCCCUCCUCUACUGCACCAAAAAUGCACUUCAUAUUAUCAAUGUCCAUUUUGUCCAAUCUGGAUGACAAUGAUUGGCUAACAGUGCUGGGAUGACACGCCUCCAGAGAGUGUGAGUAGUUAUGUUGCUUAAAGUGCCUUAUUCAGGAAUAGCUUAUACUAAGGAGCCUGACCACUAAAUGUUUAAUGGCUCUGAGUUUGCAGCAGACAUAUAAUAUCGGGGGGAAAAGUUUACUAGGGGGAAAUUCUAAAAGUCGUCUAACUCAUUAAAGGGACAGUUUGGACACUAUAACAACUUCAUUAAACUUAUGUUUUUAUGGUGCAAGUCUUCAGUCCAGCACCUGCCAGCAUUGCACAAUAGCAUCCAUUCCAGUCCACGUAAUCCCUGGCUAAUUUAUAAAGAAUCCAUAUUGUCCUAAUUAAAGCAUUACCUGGGAUAGUCCAUGGAUCCUAAAGAUAAAAAUAAAUAAAAUUCUUUAUAAGUUAGUCAGGAAUUAUGUGAAUACAUUCUCUUGUGGUAGAAUGUAUUCUUGUUGCAAAAUGUAUCUAUUGAACUUUUAUUAAUAAGGACUGAAUAAGAUAUAAAACUUUUAUAAGACUGUAUAAACAUUGGUAAUAUCAAUAAGGGUAUAUAAGAGAAAGAAAAUUGGUAGACUUGGUAAGUGCUCUGAUGAAGCCUGAUUGGCUGGGUGAAACGCGUCAGUGAUUCUGACACUUUUGACAUAUCAUCACGCCAAUACAGAGGUCUGAAACCUGGAAGUAAGCAAUGAAUGUGGGGUCCGAAGCAGACAGACAGUGAAGGGACUUACUGAGUGGGAGAGCAAAAGACAUACUGGUUGCUAUUUGUAGAUUUAAAACCAUUCAAGUCCCACCAACAUUUAUGGUUGCACGCUUUGAUUGCAGUGCGGGGGGGAAAUUGUAGAUAAAUAUACCUACCGUAUGAGACUGCUAAACUUAGCAAGUGCACUCAAGCAACAAUUUGAAGGGGCACUAUAGUCACCAGAACCACUGGAACGCAAUGUUUUUUUUCCUAUGGGAAAGCACUGGAUUGGCUGAGAUCAUCAAGACUGAUGAUCUCACCCAUGCAGGAGGAGCCAGGCAGGGCCAGACACAACAAGACCGUCAUGAUGUAGGAAAAAAGUGAGUAAAAACACCUUUGCCAUGCGAUUAGAGGGGGGUUGGGGAUCUAAAUAGUUAAUUCACACUGUAGUGUUGGGAAUACAUGUUUGUAUUCCUGACACUAUAGUAUUGCUUUCAUGUGUGCAUAAAAUAUUAUUUUAAAACCGUAUGGUUUAAUUGGUUGUGUGAUAACUAAAGGUAAUUACACUGUGUAUGAUAACCACGUUUUUACUGCGGUAUUAAUGCUUGCAUCCACUCACAUUGCCACAACCAUUGUGAUAAUAAUUGUCACAGGUAAGUAUCUAUUUAAGCUAUAUAAAGUGUAACAAUGUAAGUAUGUACCUGAAGCUGACCUUGUUAUCCAUAUUGCUUGUUCCUUUAAAUAGACAAUUUUAAGUUACAUAUCAUUUAUGAGUCUGGUACACAGUGAAAACACUUGGAUUGGCUGAAUCGAUUUGUCCGGUCAGUUUGGGAUUCACCAAUGUUGCGUUUUGGAUCAGAUACAUUUCAUCAAUCCAAUCAUUUCAGGAAAAGGGAUUCAGAUGAACCAAACUGAUUGGAAAGGCCAGCAAGUGUACUGCAAAAUAUACACAUAAUAUAAAUAUAUGUAUUACGUGUACAUUUUGCUGUAAGCUGAUUCAUUCUACUGCCAUUUGGUUCACAGAUCAGGUGAGAAAUAGUAACUGAUGUGGGGGGGUGGGGGGGGAGAGAAUCAGUAAAAACUAGUCUCUAUUUAUAUAUUUUAUAUAUUAUUAUUUAUAUAGCACCAGCAAAUUCCGUAGCGCUGUACAAUUAGUGGACUAACAGACAUGUAAUUGUAACCAGACAAAUGGAUGCACAGGAACAGAGGGGUUAAGGGCCCUGCUCAAUGAGCUUACAUGCUAGAGGAAGUGGGGUAUAGUGACACAAAUUGUAUAAGUAGGGGUAAUGAAAUAGGUUGCUAGAAAUGUAUUCACUGGGAACUUAGUAGGUUAUUUUUGACAGUUGCAGGAGCGGAGUCAUGGGGGCAGGGAUGAAAGCCAAUGUUAAAUAGGGAUUUGGAUUGGCCGGACAGUGUGCUUAUGAGGGUGGUGAAGUAAUCUACUUUUGCAGAGGAAAGAGUUAGAGUGCAGGGGCGCAGCAUAAAUUUAUAGUGGAGGAAGUCAGGUGCAGAGUGAGACUUUCUCCAACAGCGUUCAGCAGUUCUGGAACAUUUUUUGAGAUAUCGGUUCAGCUUGGUGCACCAGGGUUGUAAUUGGGGGCGCUUGCUGUGUUUAAAUGUAGGAGGUGCCAUGAUGUCUAGUUGAGAAGAUAGAGUGGAGUUGUAGAGUGAGGUAGCAGAGUUAGGGCAGGUGCGGUUUGAGAUGCGUAAAAGGAGAGUUUGGAGUUUGGUGGAUAAAUGCUGGAGAUCAAGGCAGUGGAGGUUCCUGCGAGAUUGGAGAGUUGAGGGUGAUGAAAUUUGGGUACAGGGUAUAUUCUUUUCACUGUUUCUUCUUUUUUACCCCCACUGCUCACUUAUCACUUGAUCUGUGAAUAAAAUCAAUAUUUAUUUGCCGUCCACUAACCAACGAUCCUCAUUUUUCCGAUCAAUCAUUUUUGGCGCUAACGGCAGAUCUCUGAAUAACAAAACAAUCCAAACUGUUUGUCCAUUUUAAUUGUUUUAUGCUUUAUGUUCCAUAUGAUGUUUGGAAGUUACAGAAUUCGGACCAACUGCCUAUCACUCAGAAUUUGGGCAAAUAGCGUUAAGUUUGAAACCAAAAGCACAAGGUUUAUCCACAGAUCCAUGUGUACAUCUUCUACCAACAGCCUGUGAUUCUAAUAGAGUCUAGAAUUGCUGUUUACUGAAGAGCAACCCAGCCACCACUAUCAGUACUCUACAAUCAACAAUAUAAAUGUAUGCAAUGCAUUACUGGGAAUAUUAUAUGUAAUCAUUUAUGGUUUGACUGCCAUAGUUCACUGUUAGAGCUCUUAAUCUCUUGGAUAUAUAUGAUUUUCAGGGCAAGAGCAGCUAUUUGCAGCUUGCAUUUAUAAUAAUUUAGCACACACUCCUUAGUGCAAUGUAUGUUGGGAGAAGAGCUGAGGUGACAGUAGCAGGUUUUGUCUCCUCAGGUCCUCUCUCACCAUAUCAUUAUCCAGAUAAGUGUCUGCACCUGCUGCCCAGAAUGUUAACUCCCUCCAGAUCUGGGGGAACAAAGGCAUGUAUGUCUCCAUGCUUCCCUAAGAUUAAAGGAUCCCUACCACCAGUCAUAAAUCUAGUCAUAACUUUAGACUCAAUCUUAAACCUUUUGCAUAAUGGCCAAGGAUCGGGAAAAUACGGCAGAACGUUGAGAAGAUAUUAUUUUCCUCUAUUACAUACUUCAGUAAUAUGUACCUCUUAUAUAACAUGAUUCUUUAAAAUUUCACACCUUAACCCUUUUAGUGCACUGUAGUGGUUAUGGUGCAAUGAAUGUCCUGGUGCCACACUGUAGUGUAUGUACUGGGAUAGUUUGUGAAAACUCUGACAACUAACCUGAGGUCUACUGGAGAAGCCAAGAUAAAAUUACAUGCAAGGAAAUUCUAUAACAACAUGUAAAGAUCUGAAUUCUGGAAAGACCAAAAUGCAGAGCACCCACUGUUCUUGGGCUGCAGUUCCCAUUAUUUACUCCCAGUGUGAAGGCUGACAAUGCAUGAUGAGGAUUGCAGUUGUCCAUGUAGAGGGUGUGUUUAAUUUUGGCCACACCCUGCUUUAAUGUCUGCUCCUUAUUUAGGACAUGUCCUGUUUGUUUUUCUCAUGAUGUAAACUCUAAAUGUGUUGUUGUUUUUUUUGUUCUGUUUUUCAGCCAAACCAAAGGUGUACCAAGGAGUUAGAGUUAAGAUCACGGUUAAAGAAUUGUUGCAACAAAGAAGGGCUCUCCAAGCAGAAAAGAAUGUUUCAGUAAGAACCUUUGUCCCAUUGCUGUGUUAGCAGAGAGGGUGGUAUUGGAGCUGGGUGUUGAAAUAAAACUAGCUGCUAUUCUUACCAGCUCUGCUCAUUAGACACACAGCUCUGUUUGCAUUUCUCACCUAGCAGAUCCUAGGCCAGAUAUGAGUAAUUAUUAAUAGGACUGGUUACUGUACUUUGUGUAAAGAGGAUAACUUCUUUGUUUGGCUUGUGUGUGUGGCUCCAGAAAUAUGUCCAACACUCUGAAUGAUGGGAAGGAAGAGAGAGAGAGAGAGAGAGAGAGAGAAGGAAAUAUGAGAGAGAGAGAGAGAGAGAGAGAGAGAGGGAAAGAUAAUAGAGAGAGAGAAAUAAGGAAAUAUGAGAGAGCGAGAGAAAGAAGGAAAUAUGAGAAAUAUGAGAGAGAGAGAGAGAGAGAGAGAGAGAGAGAGAGAGAGAGAGAAGGAAAGAUAAGAGAGAGAGACAGAGAAAGAAGGAAAUAUGAGAGAGAGAGAGAGAGAGGGAAAGAUAAGAGAGAGAGAGAGAAAGAUAAGAGAGAGAGACAGAGAAAGAAGGAAAUAUGAGAGAGAGAAAUAAGGAAAUGUGAGCGAAAGAGGGAAAGAUAAGAGCGAGAGAGAGAGAAAGAUAAGAGAGAGAGAGAGAAAGAGAGAGAGAAAGAAGGAAAUAUGAGAAAUAUGAGAGAGAGAGCGAGAGAGAGAGCGACAGAAACAGAGAAAGAAGGAAAUAUGAGAGAGAGAGAGAGAGAGAGAAGGAAAGAUGAGAGAGAGAGACAGAGAAAGAAGGAAAUAUGAGAAAUAUGAGAGAGAGAGAGAGAGAGAGAGAGAGAGGGAAAUAUAAGAGAGAGAGAGACAGAGAAAGAAGGAAAUAUGAGAGAGAGAUAAUAGAGAGAGAGAGAGAAAUAAGGAAAUGUGAGCGAGAGAGAGGGAAAGAUGAGAGAGAAUAAGGGAGGGAGAGAGAGAAAGAAAGGAUGAAAGAAAGAAAGACAGAAAGACAGAAAGAAAGAAAGUCACAUAUAUGUUGGGUGAAAGAGAAAAAAAGCAACAAGACAGAAGGUGGCUGAGGACUAGGAGACAGAGAUAGAAAGAAACAGAGACAGACAGACAUAGAGACAUGCAGCAAGACAGAAAGAAAGAGGCAGAAACAGACAAACAGAAGGAAAGACAGUGCUACAGGCAUAAAACUGUCAGAAGGACAAGCAGAUAGACAUACAGACAAAGACAGAGAGACUGGCAAGUAGACAUACAUACAGAUAGACAGAGAAACAAGCAGAUAGACAUACAGACAAAGACAGAGAGACUGGCAGGUAGACAUACAGACAGAUAGACAGAGAAACAAGCAGAUAGACAUACAGACAAAGACAGAGAGACUGGCAGGUAGACAUACAGACAGAGAAACAGGCAGAUAGACAUACAGACAGAAAGACAGAGAAACAGGCAGAUAGACAUCCAGACAGAAAGACAGAGAAACAGGCAGAUAGACAUACAGACAGAAAGACAGAGAGACGGGCAGAUAGACAUACAGACAGAAAGACAGGUAAAUAGACAUACUGACAGGAAGACAGAGAGACAGGCAGAUAGACAUACAGGCAGAAAGAUAGAGAGACAGGUAAAUAGACAUACCGACAGGAAGACAGAGAGACAGGCAGAUAGACAUACAGACAGAAAGACAGAGAGACAGGCAGGUAGACAUACAGACAGACAGAGAGACAGGUAGAUAGACUUACAGACAGGGAGACAUACAGACAGAAAGACAGACAGAGAAACAGGCAGAUAGACAUACAGACAGAAAGACAGAGAAACAGUCAGAUAGACAUACAGACAGAAAGACAGAGAGACAGGUAAAUAGACAUACUGACAGGAAGACAGAGAGACAGGCAGAUAGACAUACAGACAGAAAGACAGAGAGACAGGCAGGUAGACAUACAGACAGACAGAGAGACAGGCAGAUAGACAUACAGACAGAGAGACAUACAGACAGAAAAACAGACAGAGAAACAGGCAGAUAGACAUACAGACAGAAAGACAGAGAGACAGGCAGAUAGACAUACAGACAAAGAGACAUUCAGACAGAGAGACUGGCAGACAAUACGUGGAGAAGAAUGAAUGUGUAAUUGAAGCUAGUUAGUCAGCUGAAGGUAGUUACAGACCAUAUAUUAACACGCUUACUAUUAUAUAGAAACAAAGUAUCAGAGUAUCACACUACCCGUGGGUUAACAGCCGCACAAUUUAAAACAUACUUUAUAUAACUUGUUUUCAAAACAAACAAACACGCAAACAUUACUGCAGCUCAGUUGGGCACUUUGUCCAACUUUGUGUUUCAUUUUUGCAAUAUGAUUUUCAAUCUACUACAAUCAGCUGUAAAGAGGGUGGAAUUGCAUCUUGGUAGGAGAUAGCAAUAAUUCACAGUAUUCAUUCUAACAUGCUUUACACAUAAACACAUCCAGUUUCUCAGUUUCCCAGUGACUGUAAACAUUUUAUAAAAACUCUGGAUACAAAAUGAAUAAAAAAUAAAACCCAAAUCAUAAACACAUACAAAAGAAACGAAAAAAAAAAAAACUACUAUUGUAAAAUAUCUGCAGCCAGGAUUAUAUACAUUAGAGGCUGCCAGGUAAAUCGUUCUCCUUCCUGGUUCGUGACACUGAAAGCAGGGAUCUGUUUUACUGCUAACAAUAGCAGAACACUCCCAUUCAGACAGUGGGACUUUAAGAUUCCCUUCCCUCUGAUUACACAGUUAACACCCAACUACACCGCAGUCCCUUUAAACAUUAACCAUCUGUGUGCUGGAACAGGCGAGCCCUUUAACUCCAGAAUUCUACCGGGAUCUAAUUAGGAAUCUAAACAUUUGAAACCAUGUGAAAUAAGCAGCAAUACUCCAUUGCCAUGAUUUUAUUGUAUUUAUUCAUACAUGUGAUUAUAAAUCUAUCAUACAUGUAUCACAUUAUUCUGACCCAUCUUCAAACUAGGCUGGCUCUGUUUGUCUGUGUGUGAAGUGUAGCAUCCGUUUGUCUGUUUUAUUUAUUUUUGUAUUCGUGGGGCUUUUUCAAACAAAAAAUACAGAGCUGUAUAUCUAUUUCUUUAAAUGUUUUUGUGUAUGUUAUGUGCUUUGUUGCCCAAUUCUUUGUGAUAUAAUAAUAAAUAUGCAGAGCUCUAUCGCCUGCAAAAACAAAGUAAUUUUUAUUUAAAAGGAUCGAAUUCAUGAUUUGCAGCCAAGGGCAUCAGCCUCAGUGAAGAUCCUCUCCUUAUGUCUGCGGUGUAAAUAUAAAGAAUAAUUUCAGUACACUUACCUCUCAGUGCUUUAAAACCCCCAGUAGGAUGAUUUCAGUUUCUUCCAAAUAAUAAAAAAAAAAAUGUAUUAAAAUAUAUUGUAUUGAUGUGAGAUAUCUCCCUCAAAUAAUUUUCUUUAAAAAUGAAUAUAAUUUUUUUUUGCUUAUUUAAAAAAAUAAAUAAAAAUAAUUAUAUUAAUUCAUAUUUUACAGGAAAACCAGGAGCAAAGAAUUCAGAUUUGUGAUCCAUCCCCUCUCUAUUCAGGUUGGUGAGAAAAAAAAAUCAUCACAGCAAAGUCACAGUGAAAUCUUUUUUAACAUAGAAGUUUCAAAGCUUAUAGCCUGGACUUCAGAUCCACUCAAUAAUUAUUCCAACCAAUCAGAUCUGGAAAAGGGUAAAAAGGAAUGCAGAUGAGGGCAACAGGAUAGCCAUUUAAGGUUGUUUUAUUUUAAAUACCCCCAGUUUGCAUAUUUUAAUCUGCUUGCCCAAACAAAAGGUUCUCUUGGGAGUUGUUGUUUUAAAUAUAUAUAUAUAUAUAAAAAAAGCAUAUUCCUGGUUUUAAAAUGAUUAGACAGAUUUCUUUGUUGAAAAAAAUAAAUAAAAGAGACUUGAUCAUGUUAUCUUUUCCUUGUUAAGAGCACUGCCCCUUUUACACUGUGUCUUAAGUCAUGUUCAAUUGCUGAUCAUUCAUAACAUAAAAAUAAAAACAUGAAUAUGAAAGAAUGUCAACAUUUUAUUUAUCACUGAGCAAUAUAGUUAUAACAAGACUUUACACAAUUAUCAAUUGGAUAUGCCUUUUAAAUAUGGUUCUAUGUGCCUGAGUGACUCCAAAUUUAAUUUAUCCAGCUCAAAUCCAAACAUCCUCAUUUUGUUAGUUGUAGUGUGGCUUAUAUUCUGAUCAUUUCUAAAUGGUUAAAAAAUAAAAGUCAGACAUAUUGUCAUUCAUUCACAUUGUUUUCCCUUUAAUUAUGAUUUGUAAUAAAAUUUUAGGGUAAAUAAAGUCUUGAUCUAAACAAAGAAACAAUGUUUUGAAGUUGUGUGUUUUUAUUAUGAGGGGCAAUAGUUUAUUGACUUAAGCUGUUCUGACAUAUGCCACAAACUAUAAUUCUGCUGUUCAAAUCAAACAGGUUUAUGCAAAUGAUAGCUGUUUAUUGCGUUUGAUAUGCAAAUAUAUGGUUGUGUGCAUUAAACUGACUAUGGUAUUUUUUUUUUUUUUAAUCCUAGACAUUUAUAAUGAUUGUCAAGUUAUACCAACUGCACCAAGCUGUCACUUUCAGACCAACCAACUCCCAAAUUGCAUUUCUCAGGAGGAACCUUUGAGCUUUUUGGAUCAGUUGUUUGUGAAUGCUUACCUUCAACCAGAACCCCACACAGAAAACACUUUCAACUUCAUGGAAAAUGCAUCUCUUUGUUCACAUGAAGACAAUAUGCAGCCUGCUCCAAUCUUCAGACAGAACAUGGUAAACUUAAUAAUUAAUCAUUUUCACAUGUUACAUUGAUACAAUACCAAUGUAGGCACAUUUAACCACAGGAGGGAUCUCCACAAAGUCAGUUAGCUAUGUCAUUAAGUCAGAUUCAGAGAAUACAGGGAGGACAGAAUGCAUUGGGCAAAUAUCUAAAAACAACAAAAUUAUCAUCAAAAUGGGGAAAAUCAUGCUAAUUGUGCAGUGUAGAAGCCUGUUUCGUGACAUGUGACUUACCAAGAUUGUCAUGAAAUAAAGGAAUUUGGCUAACAACUUGACUUGAAGGGGUUAAGGAGGGAUCCUUGUUAAAUUUAAAAAAAAAAUUGUAUUUUAUUGUUAUAUUAUUCAGCUGCUCUCUACUGCUCCUUUGUGACAGUCCUGCUUUUUGCAUCUAACAUCUAGAGAUAUUUUAGACAUCUAUUGGGAUUUCAGUGUGAAAAUCUCAUUGCUUGAUAACUCUAAUAGCACAGAAUGUUCAUAUGUCUUUGGGGGUCUCAGUAAGCAAUGAGCUGUGACAGGUUUAUAACAGACUUGCUAAAUGUAGAUUAUGAAGGUCUAUCUGAAAAAAAUUCUCCAACCUUGGUAAAGAUUUUUAUCAGCACACCACAAGCACAGUUUAUAGAAUUAGACCCCUAAAUUAAAUUUUACUACUUCUACUAAGUUUAUGAGUGAGUUGAAAAAACUCUGAGAUUAAACUUUAUUCCCUCUCAGCAAGGUUGGAGAUUGUAUCCUACUGAACUGCUUUGACUAAUCUAUUUUGGCUCACCUCACGCAGACUAACCGGGUUAACUCACUAAAGAGAGAAUUUCAGGGAAUUCACAGUACAUUUCAAAUGUGAGGUCCAGACUUUUAAGGGCUUAAAUUGUAUUGCUAAACUGGAAAAAUUCUCCCAAUCUUCUUUGCUUCCAAUUGUUCACUAUGAAUUCAUGGAAAUACAUUUGCUAAAUAAUCCUGUAAUUAUUUAAUGUAUAAAUCCUAGGAAUCUUCAUUGGAUUUAUUCAAAAAAAUUUCUUUAUUAUAAUUUCUGUCUCCGUAUUGUUAACUAUCUUAAAAAUGAUUUUUAGAAACAUAGAAACAUAGAAACAUAGAAUAUGAUGGCAGAUAAGAACCAUUCGGCCCAUCUAGUCUGCCCAAUUUUCUAAAUACUUUCAUUAGUCCCUGGCCUUAUCUUAUAGCUAGGAUGGCCUUAUGCCUAUCCCACGCAUGCUUAAACUCCUUUACUGUGUUAACCUCUACCACUUCAGCUGGAAGGCUAUUCCAUGCAUCCACUACCCUCUCAGGAAAGUAAUACUUUUCACUUUCUUAUGUCUGAUGAAUAAAGGGGCCAAACUGAACAGAGGUGAAAAGCAAACUGCCUCAAAAGUCUGACAUGCUGAAGAGUGAUUGCGAUCUAACCCUUUCCAAUCAGAUAAAAUUUCAGUGUCGUUUACCAAAUUUGCCAAAUUUAUUUAUAGAAAUCACUUUGUGGCUGCGUUUUUUUUCAAAUCGCCUUUAUCCGAUAACGUUAUGUUCCUCUGGGUGAGCCGUACGAUCGUCAAACUUGUAUGCUACUCAGAUGUCCCACCAGGAGGGACAUACGAACGGAAAGAGAAAAUUAAAAUGUCCCUCCCUGUGGGACAGUCGAGGGGAAAGGGUUAAUAAAUCGAAGGGUUUACUCACAAUAAUUUGAUACUGUCUUUUUCAUAAUUUCGUAUUUACAAAAAAGAAAACAGCAGUUGCAAGUGCUAAAAUGAUUAAAAGUAGCAUUUUCCAUACUCACACAGAGUUAUUCAGUAAAGUGAGAAUUCCAAGUGAAUUUGAACUGAAUUACAAAUUUAAAAGGUCAAAUAGUCAAACUGGAAAAUGUCAUUAUUUCAAUGGAAUUCUAAUUUUAAUCAAUAACUAUGAUAGUAUCUACAAGGUACGUAGUAUGGGUAAGUAUGGGUAAGUAAAGAACAAGGACCUAACAUGACAAGUAAAGCUGUUUUAAACAGACAUUUAAAUAACUCUUUGCAACUGAUUGAUUGCCUUGCGUUGACCCUUGAAGACCUCUCCAUCCUUCAUGCCAUACAAGUUGAUUGAGCAAUAUAUCUUUAGGAAAGCUAAAGGUAUAUGAAGUUAAAUGAUUGUAUGGUCACUAAAGCAGCUCUGUUACCUCUGGGAUCUUUACAUACUCGAUGUGCAGUAACUCAGGGCUGAAGCUAAAUGAAGAUAUACUUAGCUGAAACGGUUCCUCACAAACAUUGCCAUCUUCUUCUGGACUCUGUCUCCAGCUCCUGUUGAUUCAUCUUUCCCAAGCUGGCAUCACUCUUAUACUCUUGUACAUGGGAGUUUCCUGCAUGAGACUGUGGGAACCUCACAUGCAAUGUGCAAGAUGAUGUCUUUUUCUAUAGACCUUUUAAAGUGUGGUGAUAGACAUCCCAACAUUUGUCAUGUUUUGUCACUCGCCCAUAAGACAAAGCAGUCAUUACUUAUGAAAUCUAUUAAUUGCUUUCAAUUCAACCCCAAAGCAGUCAACAUGAUCAUUUCAUAAAAAAAAUAUCUUUAGUGAAUACUAAAACCUUAUGGAGGUACUUUAAACUAGUGGGGAAAAAGACCAAAUUUGAAAGGGUUUUCUCAGAGGGACUUAGGUUUCAGGUUAGGGCAGUUAAUAAUUAUGGGAAACUAGGGUUAGAAAGUAAUCAGGUUAAGGAGGACCUUAGGUUAGAGAAAACUGCAUUCAAGGUACUGUUGACUGUCUUCUUUGAUUCAUCUAAACAAUCAGAACGUCUAUUGGUGUACAUUGUUUUAUUUGCAAUUUUUUAAUGAAUCUACCUAAUCUAAUUACUGAUUACCUUAUUUUUGCAGUUUCCCAUUUAUAUGGAUCAUGAUGCCUUUUAUAGAAGUCAUGAUAAGACAUUAAGACAUUAAGUGAUUAUAAAUUAUAUUUAAAUGCAGUAUUUUAUGUUACAGGCUCCAGAAUCACCUUCAGAUUCAUCAGAUUUAUCAAACUCAUUUGACUAUUCCCCAACCCAGCAAGAGAUAGGCUUCGCCCCACAGAGCUUCAGUUCUCCAUCUUACGAGGAGCCUAGAAGUUGCGUCUUUUCAAAUGUGGGCUAUCAUUGCCAACAGAGAAAUGGAGCCACAUUCUGUUACUGUGAACACUGUAGCCCUGUGUCACAGCAAGAAGAGGCACAGGUACCAAAUACCUGUUAUUACAACUACACAGACUGUAUUGAAUAUAUCCCAUCAUCGACUGUCACAGAAGACUUCUUUACAAGGGAAAUCAGCAACUUUGAUUUGUGUUACAGUUAGCAAAUGAAGUCUGAUGAAGUGUGCCUAUUAACGCAUAUUGCCUAGGUUAUUUGUAAAUGCACUGAAACAGUUAUACAUAUAUUCAUCUCUAAUUAAAAAAACGAAACAGGUUCUAUACACUAAAUCAAUCACACCUCUGACAUAAAUGCUCUAUAAUUCAUUAUAUCUACUGACCUAAUCAUCAAAAGGAUCCUAAACCUAUGUUUCCUGGUUUUGUGGAAGACAAUGACCAAAAUAAGUGUGUCAAGUGAGUUAAAUCACCCUAUUAACAAUGUCACUGCAAUUAUCGCACUUUAAUCUCAACUGAAAGUGAUGCUUUAGUAACAAUGCCAGAUUGUUGGUUUAAGCUACUCUGAUCUAUCUUUAACCACUCCAUGAUCAAAAAAGUUAUUUUUGUAUUUAAUCUUGAGCUACUCCAGCAGAAGGCAGUUUACUUUUGGAAUCAGAGCUCUAAUUGGAGACUUGUACCAUAUAUCCAAUAUUGGCCAUUUUAUUGAAUUCAAAUGAGGUUUUGAAGACUUUCAGCGAGCCUCAGUGUGAAUAUUUACUCUUGAAGGCAUUUAAGAAGAACCCGAGAUCUUUAAACAAAUUGCGAACAUUAUAAAUUGCUCAUUUGCACUUUUGCUUCAACUGUUAUUACAUGUGUUUCCUUAAAAUAACUGGAGUAUAUGGGGCCUUUUGACACAUAUGUGAAUUUAUAAUGUAACAAUACCUUUGGAAGAUCAAAAAGAACUCAUAGUCACCUUAACUUUCUCAAACUUGGAAAUGAAAUAGAUAGGGCAUUUAAUUUCUCCCCCAACUCGCAGAACCGAGAUACCACCAAACCAGUCACAAUCUUCUCAGGUUAGUUUCUUCGAAUUCCAAAUUAUGCAGUUUUUUUCUAAAUAUUCUAGAAGACAAUUUUUGUAGGAACUUCAUGGAUUUUUUUAAUGAAAAUAUAUUUUAGUAGAUUAUACUCUUUUGUACAAUAUGCUUGAAGAAACUAAUAGAAAAAGGUGGGCUAUGGAAGCUGGAUUAUCAAAUAUUCAUUUAUGUUUUUCUUCCUAAAUUUGUGAUUGUAAAUCACCAUGCACAAAAUCAUUUAUUGCUAUAAAACUUGUCUGUCC